AUGGAUGUUCUUUUAAAGAGACGCUCUGUUAGAAUGUUUGAUCCAAAUUUCAAUAUCCCACGUGAGGACCUCGAAAAAAUCAUGACAGCCGCACAAAAUUAUCCAUGUUCUUAUGGAAGACAAGAAGUUGAUUUUGUUGUUUGCACAAACAAAGAACUUUUGCAGAACCUUUCAGAUCAGCUUCAUCAUAACAUUCCAGAAUUCGAACAUUAUUUAGAUAAUAGAAUCGCAGAGUUGCAUGUUAAGCAAACAAUAUGGUGCGAUGCAACAUGUGUUGUUUUCUUGGUUUCCAAUAAAACAAAGAACUUCCAUGCUGAUUCUAAAGAAAUGAAUAUGGGAGAAGCCGGAAUGAGCGUUAUUGCAGCUGCUGAAGCACUUGGCUAUAAUACUCUUCCUGUUUUAAUGCCAGCUAAUCCAGCCGCUUCAGAAUUCACUGCAAAAGCACUUAACAUUCCAAAGGAAGACCUUGGUCUUUCAAUUGCUCUUGGAAAGGCACUUCCAGAAUGGAAGGAUCACCUUCAAGAAAAGGAGAUUAAGUCUAACGUUAAAUACAUUGAAUAA